AUGGCGACGCAGAAGUCUCGCAUCACCGAAAAACUUCAAAAACGCGAGGAGGAGCGAAUCAAAAAUCAGCAAGCCAAACGGAACGACAAACCGGUUUUUCAUUUUGCUGAGGAAACGGAAGAACAUUUCAAGAAAAAAUUCACCGAUCUCCAGAACGAGUUAGAAUUGUUGCUGGCUGGUGUUCGGAAGAUUGAAGCUGCUUACGUUUCUUCGAAGCUUGAAGGAGUUGAAGAGGCCCAAGAAAAACUGAACACUAUGCAAGUUUUUUAUACUAACAGUUCAGGUUUCAUAUCUUCAUUUGCCAGAAAAUCUGCUCAGAGUGUGAUAACCAACUUAACAAAAAGUAUAGAAGAAAUUAAAGAUUCUUGCUAUGUAAAUAAAAAGUUCAGCUUUAAAACAAAUAAUAAUGCUAAGGACAUUGUAAACUUGGAUAAUGUUGAAAUUGCGAAACAAAAUGAUGAAAUCCUUAAUAAAGAUAUAAGGAUUUCAAAUUUGACUAAUUGUACAGUUAAGUUGUACGGUCAUCCUGGUGCCAUUCACAUUGAUAGGAUUAAAAACUGUAAAAUAUUCAUAGGGCCAGUAAAGGGUUCAAUAUUAAUAGAGGAUUGCUCGGAUUCUAAGAUUAUUGCAGCCUGCCAACAAAUGAGAAUCCACAAAACUGUUCAAUCGCAUUUUUACAUACAUGUUACUAGUAGAGCCAUUAUUGAAGAUAGUAAUAAUGUCAAAUUUGCCCCUUUCAAUUGGAAUUAUGAAGGUGUAAAAGAUCAUUUUAAUGAAACUGGUUUGGAUUUAGAGAAAAAUAACUGGGACCUGGUUGAAGAUUUCAACUGGCUUGUACCUAACACACUCUCACCUAACUGGUCAAUUUUGCAAAAAGAAGAUAGAAUGAAUUGGGAAUAA